AUGUGGCUCAAGCCCAAGGAGGUGCUGGUGAAGAACCCUGAAGCUCUGGGUGGCCCAGAGGAGCAGCGGCUACUAGAUGCCACAGCAGCGCCGCGGGCACAGCGAGGGGAUUGGCCACCUCAGCGACCGCUUCGCCGGUUGCUCCAAGCCGGGGGUUGGGACCCAGAAACCCGGGAGGCGCCUCUGCAGCCUGCUGGGCUGAGAGGGGCUCGGGGUGCGGCGGACGCUGCCUGGACGGCUGGGCGGGCUCCGCGGGCUGCGCGGGGCGGGGCCGGUGCGUGGCUGCGCGGGGUUCGCCGGGAGCGCUCCUCCUGCUGCGCUUGCGGAAGUGCGAGCACUGGGCACCCGCGGGCCUGCGUUUCCGUGCAGCCGCUGUCCGCCGCCUCCUCCAGAGCGAGCUGGGCCACGUGCGGCCCUGGCCCCAGCUACGGCUACGUGAACAGGGGCACCAGAAGAAAGGGAAAGAAGCUCCAGGAGGUGCUGCUGAAGGACGCCCUGAAGCUCUGGGUGACCAAGAGGAGCAGCUGCUCCUUCAUCCUAGAGCAGCGUGGCGGGAGGCUUGUGAGUUACAAGGGAAAAAGGAAUAAGUUCAUGGUGCAGAGCCCAAGCAGCCACUAACUUAAGAGACCAAGUGAACAUCACCAGGAGUGGAACAAGUUGAAAUUGUGUCCACCUGAGAGGAUGUGAUGCAUAGCAUUCCUUCUGUGAGGCUGGCCAGAGACUUUAACCUGAAUCUAAUCAGCGUCAGGCAAGCCAAAACUGGGAUUUGAUGCUGAAGAACUGGCCAGUAAUCUUUGAAGCCGUCAAGCUCACGAAAGUCAAAGGGUGUUGAGGAUGCAACCCAGUGCCUCCCACAUGCCAGACAGGUUCUGUGCCACUGAUCCCCAGCCCAAGUCCCCAUAUAUACAGUUUUGAAUUUGGAUCUUUUCCUGGGGAUGUGCCCUAGUCCUCUGUGAUGUGGGGCAGGCCCCAGUCAGCCUGGGAUCAUGAUGGCCGUCCAGUGACAGAGUGCCCUGCUGCCAAGGCGGGAGGAGCAAGUGGAUACAUCCCAUGCAUUUCCGAGUCACAGCGUGUUUGUUCCCCUUAGGAUGGGUUUGUGAGGCACUUGGAAACUGGCGGGAUCUGAGGAGCAGAGGGUAGGAAUGUCCCAGCGUUAACUUUCUGAAUUGUGGG